AUUGCGCGUUUUUCCAGCUUUAAUAUGGUGGAUAAACGGCGUACUUAAAAAUUUGAUCAAAUUUAACCUAAAGCUUAACGAAUUCGACGUAAAAGCUCAUUUAAAAAUGUUUGCUUCAGUAUUACCGUUAACGAAGAACUAAUAGAUCGUUAAUUUAUCGCGUACAUACAGCGUUAAGUUUCGGUGAACUUGUCUCGUUUACGUAAAAUCGCUUAAAACGAGUUGUUGUUGUCGGUGUAUUAUUAUGUUGCCUUUGGCGAAUACUCAAACAAUGCAUAACAAUAGUUCAUCUUCCAAUCCUUCUGCGACGUCAGGAAAUUCUUUAACACCCACGGGAGGUGCAAAUAAAGGUAGUAAUGUGAAACCUAAUUACACAUUAAAAUUUACGUUAGCUGGACAUACGAAAGCUGUUUCUUCAGUUAAAUUUAGUCCCAACGGUGAAUGGCUUGCAAGCUCUUCAGCGGAUAAAUUAAUUAAGAUAUGGGGGGCUUAUGAUGGGAAAUUUGAGAAAACUAUACAAGGACACAAAUUGGGAAUUAGUGAUGUAGCUUGGUCCAGUGAUAGUAGGCUUUUAGUGUCGGCGAGUGACGAUAAAACAUUGAAAAUUUGGGAAUUGAGUUCAGGGAAAUGUUUAAAAACGUUGAAAGGACAUAGCAAUUACGUUUUUUGUUGUAAUUUUAAUCCCCAAUCUAAUUUGAUCGUCUCCGGAUCUUUCGAUGAGUCCGUUAGGAUAUGGGACGUUCGAACAGGGAAAUGUUUAAAAACUUUACCGGCACAUUCAGAUCCUGUUAGUGCGGUUCAUUUUAAUAGGGAUGGUUCUUUGAUUGUAAGCAGUAGUUACGACGGAUUAUGUCGUAUUUGGGAUACAGCUUCCGGACAAUGUUUAAAAACAUUAAUAGACGAUGAUAACCCCCCUGUUUCUUUCGUAAAAUUUUCUCCAAAUGGAAAAUAUAUAUUAGCAGCUACUUUGGAUAAUACUUUAAAGUUAUGGGAUUACUCCAAAGGGAAAUGUUUAAAAACUUAUUCUGGACAUAAAAAUGAAAAGUAUUGUAUAUUUGCUAAUUUUUCUGUUACCGGAGGUAAAUGGAUUGUUAGUGGUUCAGAAGACAGUAUGGUUUAUAUUUGGAAUUUACAAACGAAAGAGAUUGUACAAAAAUUACAAGGACACACUGACGUUGUUUUAUGUACAACAUGUCACCCAACGGAAAAUAUAAUAGCUUCAGCAGCUCUUGAAAACGAUAAAACCAUAAAAUUAUGGAAAAGUGAUAGUUAACUAAAACUAAUUCACUGAAUUCCUAUUUCUCAUCGAAAAAAGGAACAUCUCAACUGUAAAUAACUCGUCUUUUAUUUUUAAUUUCUUGAAAUGUGACUAUUUAGAGUACAAAAUAAGUCUUUAAAAAAGAAUAAACGUUUCGCUCCUCAAAAAAAAAUAAGAAAAAAAAACGUGUAUCUCGUAAUCUAUUAAAAAUCGUGCUUAAGGGAGCAAAUUUAUUGAACUAGAUUUACAAAAAAAUUCUAUUUUGGUACCGUUUCCUUUUUAUUUCACAUGGACUUCACCCAUUUUCAUUUCUCUAUCAUUUUUUCUCGUAGUUUUCAUUGAAUAACGCAUUAAUAUUGUUUUGAAAUCGCAAGUUGUAUUAAUAAAUCCAUCUUCCAAUCAAAUAAA